ACUGAGAGCUGGCUGAUGGGAAAACAUUUGGAUGAUGGGGCCGAAAGUCUCUGGCGCAUUAACGAUAAGCUGUACGACUUGAGCGACUUUGCCAAGCGGCAUCCGGGUGGGGCAUACUGGAUCGAGUGCACCCGCGGCACCGACAUCACCGAGCCCUUCGAGUCGCAUCACAUUGAGGACCGAGCCCGACACAUGCUCAGCAAAUUUGAAGUGCGAGAGGCAACUCAACCGAGGAACUACAAGUUUACUCUCGAUCAGAAUGGUUUCUACAUGACCCUAAAGCGGAGAGUGAGAGAGAAACUUCGGAAGAUUAAUUACAGUCCCACCAAGAAGACAGAUCUUUACCAUUCGGGCAUCCUUCUCGAUAACAACAGCUAA